UGUAAUUUAGGGGCGUGGCCUUGUGGGCAGCAGGAAGAAGUUACCUGUUGAAUCUUCCUAUCCAUUUUCUUCCCAGCCCUUGCAGCUACCCCUAAGAGGGAAGCCGCAAACCACUAGCCUCUUCCGAAAAAGAGCCCCCAAACGAUAGAGCCACAUGGCUUCCACGGUAUGGGGGAGUGCUCCCUGGUGGGGGCCACCGCCCCCAGCCCCAGCCCGGCCGCUCACAGACAUCGACUUCUGCUCUGGGGCGCAGCUGCAAGAACUAACCCAGCUGAUCCAGGAGCUGGGUGUGCAGGAGAGCUGGAGUGACGGGCCCAAGCCGGGACCAGAUCUCCUCCAGGCCAAGGACUUUGUUUUCUCUUUGCUUGGUCUGGUUCACCGCCGGGACCCUCGCUUUCCUCCCCAGGCAGAGCUCUUGCUGCUUCGUGGUGGGAUUCGGGAGGGCUCCCUGGAUCUGGGGCCUGUGCCUCUAGGUCCCUACGCUCGGGGACCUCACUACGACGCCGGCUUCACACUCCUGGUGCCUGUGUUUUCGCUAGAUGGCACUGGGCAGGAGCUACAGCUGGAUGUGGGAUCCCGUUACGCAUGGCUCUGCCUCCCAGAGCAGGUACGUGGAACCUCGCUCCGGGAAGCAUGGCAGGAUUGUCUAGGACCCCCAGUCCCAGGAGGAUGUGAUUCGAUCCACCCAACCGAAAGCAAAGAAAGUCCCAAGGACCCGCAAAGCUCCGUGGAUCAGCCACAUGGUGAUGUCACUGAGCCCGAGGCACACGAGUCUUUGGAAGAAUCACCUAGUGAUGUUUCAGUGCCAGAGUCGCCUCGGCGCAACGUAACCGAUGUUGACUUUCCCUCACCAUUGAAAAAAACGAAUGGUGACGUCACCAAAGCAGCCGACAUCAGCCCAGUGCCACAGCCGUCGGAGGCUCGGGAGGCAUGGCCCACAUUGUGCCCCGCCCAGGUGGCUGCCUGGUUCUUUGCUUCGCUGGCCGCGGUCGCUGAGUCCCUGUUUCCGGUCCCGGGUGCCCCGCGCUUGGUCCACGCAGCCCGCCACGCGGGGGUCACCACCAUCCUCCUGGCUACGCCCGGGCCCCCGCGCCACCUCCUGCUUUUCGACCUGAUCCCCGUGGUGUCCGUAGCCGGCUGGCCCCAGGGGGCUCGGAGCCACUUUUGGGCCGGCACGCUGGCCUCGGAGUCGUCUUCCUUCUACCUGGUGCCCGGCGGCGGCGGCGGCGGCACAGAGCGGACGGGCGCCUCCGGCUGGCAGCUCUGCUUCGCCCGCCAGGAGCUGGCGCUCAAGGCGCGCAUACCCGCUCCGCUGCUGCAAGCGCACGCGGCGGCCCAGGCGCUGCUGCGCCCGCUGGUGGCCGGGACCCGGGCCGCGGCGCCCUACCUCCUGCGGACGUUGCUCUACUGGGCGUGCGAGCGGCUGCCCGCGCUCUAUCUGGCGCGGCCCGAGAAUGCGGGCGCCUGCUGCCUCGGGCUCCUGGAUGAGUUGGGCCGGGUGCUCGAGGCCGGGACGCUGCCCCACUAUUUUCUGAGUGGCCAAAAGCUCCGUGUGGGGGACGGCGCCGCUUCGCUGCUCGGGACUUUGGCCCUGCUUCGCGGGGACCCUGCCGGCGCCCUGCGCGCCGCUGUGGAGGAGGCCAAGGCUGCGCGCAAGGGGGGCGGCUUGGCCGGCGUGGGAGGCGGGGCCCAUUAAAGACGCUGUUCC